CCGAGGUUAAAUAGAAACAUUAUAUCUGUUUGUAUAUUGCAACUAAUCUGUGCUCGCUUUUAAUUUGAGGUUUAAGAAGGUUAGCAGUGUGGUCAAGCAGUUAUAGUGAUCCAACAUGGCUCUGGAAAGGGUCAAUUACAACUUUACAUACCCUUCUUAUUCGCAAUUUUUUAAUGACGUUCUUGGCACUAUGUCUGAAACUUGGAGGGAUUUAGAACCCAUGCAAAAGACUCCAAAGGGCUGGAUGUCCACUGUAAAACGGUAUGGAGUUGUGGCGUGGAAGGACCUUUAUUACGCUGUAUUUUUAGCCCUGUUAUGGACUGCUCUCAGAUCAGUGGUUACACUAUACAUUUUAAAGCCAAUUGCAAUUGCUUCGUCUCUGGGUAAAAAAGAAACGAGAAAAGCGCCAGAAAGUGCUUGGAAACUCCUCUUUUACUCCUGUACAUGGUCCUACUCCAUCUACAUUCUCUUUUUUACGACCCACAACUAUUUUUACGACGCGCCUUCAACUUUCUAUGGCUGGAGGUCUGGUGCUGAAGUACCAUCUGAGAUAUACAUUGCAUACAUGGUGCAAUUCAGCUUUUACAUACAUUCUGUAUAUGCCACAUUAUUCGUUGAUGUAUGGAGAAAGGACUCUGUUGUGAUGUUGGCUCACCAUUUCGUCACAAUGCUGCUUAUAGGCUUUUCUUACAUAUUCAGAUUCACUAAUGUUGGGGUAUUAAUUCUUUUUCUUCAUGAUAUAACUGACAUUUUGCUUGAGGGCACGAAACUUGCAGUGUAUUAUAAAACUAAAGGUGGAUGGUGGUAUGCUGUCUGUGACACAAUCUCAACAAUUGGUUUUAUUCUGUUUGGUGUUGCAUGGUAUGUAUUUCGGUUGUACUGGUACCCGCUGAAAGCCAUGUAUGCAGCCGGAUAUGUGAGUCAGAUGGUGACCAGAGACAUUGCCUUCUACCACUUUUUCAACGGUUUGCUGUGGAUUCUGCUCGCUAUGAAUGUUUACUGGUUUAUGUUCAUUGUAAACAUGGCCUACAAAGUUUUAACUGGAAAAGCCAAUGAAGUCGAUGACACCAGAGAGUAUGAGGCUUUUAGCGAUGAAAAUGGUAAAACAAAGAAAAUGGAAUAGAAAGAGAUUAAUCAGCAGAAGAAUGCGAUGACUCAUCCCAAGUCUAUGACCCUCCUUUGCUGAUAUCUUUUAUAUUAAUCAUGUGUUUGUGUGUUUCAAAUUAGGUGUAGCUACCUCCUAGCUUAGAUGUACUGCUGAUAAGCAAACCGCCUACAAAUUAUUAUUGUAUGCGCUAAAUUUAAUAGUGUUAUUUCAUCCUCGUAUGCCUUUAAUUGACCAUGAAAGCAUAUUUGCCAUUAUUUGCCGAUUUUCGAAAAGGAAUUGUUUUAUUCAGGUUUCACACUGUUAGAAUUGACUAAAAGUGAUUUAUUGUAGGCACGAUUCUUUUAACUGUAAUCUAGUAAUCAAACUUGCCAACUUUAGAAUACCGUACAUUAUAAACACUGUCACUAUAUUAGCUAACUCCGGUCCUACAGCAGUAACAUUGACCAUUUCAUCAUUAGUAUUCUGUACCUGCUUGUUUGUGAUGUUUCUGUGCAAUUUUCUUUACAUUUCAAUUGUCGCCAUUUUCUAAAUCAUCAUUUUGCUUAUGAACAACAUAGCAUAGAAUCAUUCACAUAAUGCAUGUUUGUUAUGGCUUACAUCAUGAUUGCAGUUUUUUAAUAAAAUCGGAAUAUCAUCAA